UACUGGCGGAAGUUGCGUCACGGAAGCGCAGACUACCGCUUUGUUGUAAACAUGGCGUCCGUGACAACAGCCACCUCAGAGUGGAUUCAGUUUUUUAAGGAUGCAGGGAUCCCAGCCGGCCUCGCUGUCACUUAUGCAGUGUCCUUUGUGGACAACAGGAUCCAGAAGAACAUGCUGAUGGACCUCAGCAAAGACAUCAUGAUGGACCUUGGUAUUACAGUCAUUGGCGACAUCAUUGCCAUUCUUAAACAUGCCAAGCAGGUGUACAGGCAGGACAUGUGCAAAAUGGCCACAGAGGCCAUCUCCUCAGGACAGACUAGUGUUCAAGCUGAGCUCAGAAGAACUGCCAAUACUCCUGCCACCCGUAUGAUUGCCAACGCUUUGAGCCACGACUCCCCGCCAGCCACUCCAGCCCGUCGACCUGACAGCCGCCUCUCCGUCACAGUGUCCAACAUGCAGUCGAACAAGAGUAGCAAAGCAGUUGUAAGUCAGCCGGCCGAUGAAGGGAACGGUUUGCCAGCAGUGAAGCGCCGGCGAGUGACAGCCGAGAUGGAAGGCAAGUACAUCAUCAACAUGCCCAAAGGCACCACACCUCGUACACGCCGCAUCCUGGCCCAGCAGGCCAAGAAAGGUUUGAAACGCACCUCUGUAUUUGCGAGGCUUGGGGCUGAAUCAAAGGCAGACACAACAACAAGCAAUAACAAGCCCACCGGUGUGUUCAGUCGCCUCGACCAAGGGGAUGGAGACAGGCCGAGGGUGGGAAACAUGGAUGUAGACGACCAGGACAGUGAUGGAGAGGGCUCCGUCCUCCAGUAUGCCGGCGUCCUCAAGAAACCCCCUCCCUCCCAGAAGAAAGAGCCGGCCACAAAACCUGCCCCGACCACCCUGCGGCGCCUGGGAGGAAAAUUCAAGCUACCUCCCUCUGAUGCUCCCACCCCCUCCUCCUCCUCUUCUUCUUCUUCUUCUUGUCCUCCUAAUGGCCUCCCUCCUGCCAAGAUCAGUGUGCUUCAGAGACUGGGCAAGCUCCCUGCCACACACUCAAACACGGCUGUGACGCCCACACCCGCUGACACGCAGGACAACAGAGUGACCAGCACCAGAGCCCAGGAGAGGCCGACCAUAGCAAGCUCCAAGGUCAGCAGCAGCACCGGGGCCGGGGGAGGAGGAGGAGGAGACUCCGGGGGGGCCCGAAUGGACGUUAAGGCCGUCAGUGUUUUUAAGAGACUGGGCAAUAAGAGAACCUAACAAAAAAUAAACACAGUUCAGACUCUUUCUGUACUUCCUUUAUAGAAUUUGUAUCACCACCUUUUUGCAUUUGUCCUGGUUACACGCAGGACUGCAGGUUGUUAUUAACUGGAGUGUUUUUUUUUUUGUUCAGCCUGAGUGUAAAGAUGAUUUUAAUGGCUUUAGGGUUACUCUUAGAUAAAAAAUUUCAAUUUUUUAAAAAACAUUUUAGUUAUGCUGCCAUUUGAAAAUCAGUAAGGUUGUUUACUGGCAAAGCUUUUAAUUAAAGAACUCGAGUUCUCAUUGUAUUAUGUUGCUCAUUCAAAAAGCUAUUUAUCACAUUUUGAUCUGCCAUUUAUUAUUUUACACACACGUAUUUAACUAUAUUUGUGAGGUUAAGUAAUGAGCAUGACGUCAACCAAGCUGCCAUGAUGGUGGUUCUUAUUUUACCCCAUAACUCCACAUGCAAGGAUGCUGCUGCUUAAACUUCCCUGUUUUCAGAUUCCUCUUGAAUGAAUACCGUUGACUAGUUGAAAAUGUUGCUUGUCCCUCAAGAUGAAUCAUGUGAUCACUGUGUUGAUAUUUGCCUGAAAGUUAAAUAUUUCUGGAAAAAAAGUUACGUUUAAGGUAUAGAUUGAGGUUUUUUCCCCACAAGAUAAAUACAGAGGACGAAGUUGGACAUGAGACGGUGAAAUCUUUCUCUUCUUGAUACUUUCACCUCAGAAUUUCCGCCUGCAUCAUGUUUUGAAAGUAGGAUAAGUGUUGAUGAAAGGCUUCUGAACUUUUGCCCUGGACUCGUGAGCAGGAAAAGGAAAUUCAAAUGGUCACACAGAACGACCUAUACAGACACUUGAAUCAAGAAGUACCACACCUCCUCCUCCUCCUCCUCCUCCUCCCUCUGGGCUUUGUGGAGUAGAAGUUCACACCUCUGAGCUAUAGACACCCAAGUCAACUUUUCUACCACAGUACUGAACUCUUUCUAAAACCACCUACUUGAAGGCCGGAUCAGUAGAAUAUUGUUUAUUUUGAAAUGCAAUGUAUAGAUUUGUUAGUUGAUUUCACACAGCACAGCACAGGACCUGCUCUGCUGCAUAUUUUUCUAUGUGGACAUUCUUGUAUCAUGUAUCCAUGUAAGGAAACUCAGAGAUGCUAUCAGGCCUGGUGUUGGGGUGGGGGGGUACUGUACUGUAGCUCCAGUAGGUAGUUCACCCUAGCCAGUAUGGGUCAUUAACACCUGUGUACUGUUUUGGUCCUUCAGACUUCACACCAGAACUUUGUUACACUGUAAAUAUUUUGAAAUGUUUAAAAUCACGUUAAAUGAUUUUUAUUAUUAUUUUAUUUUUGUUUGUUUUAAGGAACAAAGUAGAGCAAAACGCACCAUAAACUGUCAUGAUUUUUUAAAGAUCCUGGGGAGAAAAAAAAGUCACAGAAUUUAGAGAAGUUGUACCUGGAAAAUAAUUAAAAGAGGAAAAGGGUCCAAA